AUGGCACCAAUGCUAGGCGAUUGGGAUGGCUCAAGCAAGGCGAACGCAGUGCCACAGCUUGAUCCUUGCUCCUCCACUAAGAGUGUUCUCUAUGUCGAUGCCUACGACUCUUUCUCCUACAAUGUUGUCGCCAUGCUGGAGGAGACCCUGGGAGUCAAAGUCACAGUAAUGACCAUCGACUCAGAAUGGCCGGAUUCCAAUAUUAGUGGAUUUCUCCAGCACUUCGAAGCCGUCGUUCUUGGGCCGGGACCAGGAGACCCUAAUGUACCUGCCGAUAUCGGUAUCAUGAAAGACAUCUGGAACCUUCAGGACUCAGAACUCCUUCCCGUUUUUGGUAUCUGUCUUGGGUUUCAAAGCCUUUGCCUUCAUCAGGGUGUUCCGAUAGAGCGGCUCCCAUACCCGAUUCAUGGGCAGAUUCACAAGAUAUCCACGACAUCGAAGGAUAUAUUUGAACAUCUACCGGAGGUAGAGGUGACACUUUACCACUCACUCUAUGCCAACUCAGCUUCUUCAACAUCCACUGAUUUGGAAUACUUGGCUUGGUUAUCUCUAAAGGAUCGCCCAAAUGUACAGAUACCUAUGGCAGCUCGCCAUCUGAAAAAGCCAUUCUGGGGUGUGCAGUUCCACCCGGAGUCCUGCAAAUCAGAAAUUAACGCCUGCAGGGCGCUUCUUCGAAAUUGGUGGAAGAUGGCUCAGAGAUAUAACAAGCUCGUUGGACGCGAGGGAUACUGUUCCCUUCCCAGCACAGUCAUCAGCCCCCAUACAGCUCCCAGUCCAUUCCCCGAUGCUGCUUAUGAGAUGCUCAGCUGGAGCAAGUCAACUUCGAAGAUUUCAGCUUUCCGGUCCCUUGACCGACCCGACUUGACCGCGGAGGCUAUCAGUGAAAUGUUCAACAAACCAGGUUCGCCAACAGUCCUUUUUCAAUCCAAUGGUCAAUACAGCAUCGCUUCGGUGCCUAGUCCUGGCUCAUGGCGGUUCGAAUACAAUGUCGAGACACAUCAACUUCGAUUGCUCCAACUGUGUGGCGACUACAAAGAGGCUGAGAGUUAUAUUACUGUUGCUCAAUUGUGGGAUGCUUUACGGUAUUUGAUGGAAAUGAAGAAGGUUGAUUCAGGGAACUCUCGGGUGCCAUUCUGGGGUGGCUUCCUGGGGUAUCUCUCCUACGAACUUGGACUCACUUGUCUUCCCCACCCAGGCUAUGCACAGGCUUCUGAGCCACGAAGGCCCUCCAAGACUGAGAAAUCUUCAUCUAAUCCUGCAUUUGCGGAUCCACCCGAUGUCAGCCUUUUGUGGUGUGAAAGAAGUAUCGUUGUUGACAAUAUCACUGGCGCCAUUGUUAUUCAAUCCACUCGUGAUACUGACGCGGAUUGGCUUGAUGAGACACUACAGCAGCUGCAACAGUUCUCAGAUAGUGGCAAUGAUACAUCGGCAGAUCAGGGCUUGGAUUCACUUCUCCGGGAAAGCAAAAUUCAGUUCCCCGAAGAAACGGAUUACAAGCAGAAAAUCGAGUCAUGCAAAGCGGAGCUGGAAGCCGGUGAAUCUUAUGAGCUAUGUCUAACCUCUGAGACGUCAAUCACCUUGCCAGUUCCAGAAGUGGAAUCAGAUCGUUUGAUGUUCCCCUGGAGGCUGUACAGGCGACUCAAAACAUACAACCCAGCUGCAUUCAGCGCUUUCGCAGAUCUAGGAGAUACAAAAAUUGCGAGCAGCAGUCCAGAAUGUUUCCUCAACUGGGACCGUGAGUCGACACUGGAGAUGAAGCCAAUGAAAGGCACAGUCCGAAAGUCACCAGGCAUGACCAUGGAAAAGGCCUGUGAGAUUCUCGGCUCUACGAAAGAGAUGGCCGAGAACCUGAUGAUCGCAGAUUUGAUCCGGCAUGAUCUGUACGGCAUCUGCGGAUCAGGUGGCGUUCAUGUCGAGAAGCUGCUAGAAGUUGCAGAUUACGGCCGAGUGUAUUCAAUGAUUACCCACAUCAAGGGCAAGAUCCGCCCCAACCACCCUGGUUUCGCUGUGCGACACAUGUGUCAGCUGAAUACCCCAAACAUGUCUGUUCAUGGCCUCGCUACCCUCCAACGGUGCCUUCCACCGGGUUCCAUGACUGGUGCACCUAAGGAACGCUCUUGCAUGCAUCUUCGCACUAUUGAGAAUCGCAAGCGUAGCAUUUACUCCGGUGUGAUGGGUUUCCUUGACCUUGGAGGAGGUGGAAGCUUCUCGGUUCUGAUUCGCUCAGCAUUCACUUGUUCUGGUGGUCGAGACUACACCGAUAAUAAGCAGCAGACCUGGCGAAUCGGCGCUGGGGGUGCUAUUACCACACUCAGCACAGCGGAGGGCGAAUGGGAUGAGAUGUUGACCAAACUGCGUGUAGUUUGCAACGUCUUCAAACCGCUUGAUGAAGGCGAGAAAUCUGCCGCGACGUCUUGA